UUAUUUAAUUUUUUUUUCCUCCGAGUCCCCCCCAAAUCAAAUCCACUCCAGCCGUACCACCGGCCGACGCCGACGCCGACGCCGACGACGAAGCCAGCGCCGCCGCCGGAAAUCCUCGGGCCAGCCAACCAACCACGCGGAUCCUCCGGCCGCUCCUGCGCGCCUCCUCGACCGAAAUCCCUACCCGGUCCGGUCGAAUCGCGCCUUCGCCGCGAUCCGCGCCGCCGCUCCCUCCGAUCCGACCCCGCGAUUCCGCCCUGAUCCUCCCGCCGCCGCGCCCCCAGUAGGCGCAGCCUGCCUGCCGAUGCAAGGUUCGUUGCGGCGGGGAGAAGAGUAGCCGUACCAUGUUGCAGUGUCUGGAGGGGGUGAGGCAGCUCUGCGGCGUGCUACUCAAGUGCUGCGACCUCGACCUCAAGCAGCCCAGGGGGCUCGAGGACCCCGAAGUCCUCGCCAGGGAGACCGUGUUUAGUGUGAGCGAGGUUGAGGCGUUGUAUGAGCUGUUCAAGAGGAUUAGCAGUGCGGUGAUCGAUGAUGGGCUGAUCAACAAGGAAGAGUUUCAGUUGGCGCUGUUCAAGACCAACAAGAAGGAGAGUUUAUUUGCUGAUCGCGUAUUUGAUUUAUUUGAUACAAAGCACAAUGGCAUUUUAGGAUUUGAAGAAUUUGCCCGUGCACUCUCAGUAUUUCAUCCAAAUGCACCUCUUGACGAAAAAAUUGACUUUUCUUUCCAGCUAUACGAUCUCAAGCAACAAGGCUUCAUUGAAAGACAAGAGGUUAAGCAAAUGGUUGUUGCUACACUUGCUGAGUCGGGAAUGAAUCUUUCAGAUGACGUCAUAGAGAGCAUCAUUGAUAAGACAUUUGAGGAGGCUGACACAAAACAUGAUGGGAAAAUUGAUAAAGAAGAAUGGCGCAAUCUAGUUCUUAGACAUCCUUCUUUACUAAAGAACAUGACACUCCAGUACCUCAAGGACAUCACUACUACAUUUCCAAGCUUUGUCUUCCACUCUCAGGUUGACGAUACCUGAAAUCCUGUGAAAUUUCCCCCCACCAAUGGAAUAUCAGAAGGUAGUCUUGCCGCUUUAUGAAGCUUUGUUAUGGUUAGUUCAGCACGUUGGCUGAAGCCAUAAAGUCCCAAAUAUUAUCACAUCCUGCAGUUGAGAAAUCAAUCAUUUCCAGAUUGUUAAUAAUAUAUACAUUUUGUUGCUUCUAGUCGGGAAGUCUGAAAUCUUUCAGCCAUUGAUCGCCGUAUCAAUUUUCUUAUUCCAAUUUUCUGUUUUUCUUUCUGUUGGUUUAUUGGUUAGUAGUCGAUCUAAUUGUUUGAGGAUAUCUUUGUGUAUAAAGUCGGUGCUGUUCUUUAGUGAAGUGUAAUUAUUGCAGCAAGUUUUCUACUGUAUAUUGCAGAUUGACUAAAUAUAGCAGGAAUGCCCUAGUUGAUUUAAGUCAUUUACUGCCUAAUUAUCAU